UUUUUACUCUCUGCAUUUUUUAUUCUUCUGUUCAACGCUUAUUUUCAUUUUCAUUUUCUGCCUUUCAUUAUUUGUUGUCUUCUCACUUCUGUCCGUGACAUAGUACUUCAAUAGAAACAAGCACGUGUAUAUAUUAUCUUGAUUCAACACUCCUUCCGCUCCACGAUUCAUUAAGAGUCUAAUUGCUGAUCCUACCUUCACGGUUGCCUUAUGAACAGCCACGAUUCGCUAGCUUUGCUUGCUUAUGCAGCUGACCACCGUGGUCUACCGUCCUCCUCAGAACCUAUUUCACCACUCUCUCAAAGCAAAUACGACGACGAUCAGCUUAUUCCAGGAAAGACACAACCGGGAUCUUCCAGCAACGCAUCCACAAGUGACAGUUUAUGUACAUCGUCAGACACGAUUGAAAAUCUUCUUGCUGCGGCAACAAUGAUAGAAAAUAAUACCGGUCAUACCGAUGGUGUUACCAGUUACCAUAAGGUCGACAACAGCAGCAUAGACUUGCGAUCCAAGGACUCGCCCGAAACUGAAAUUACUCCAUACUUACCGUCGCCCAGCUCGGAUCCGUUGGUCCACCACACUUUACAUACAGACAACGAAAUUUCAGAUGACGAUAACAUGGAAGCAGCGUAUGAAUCCCCUGAUGAUGAAGAGCAAGACGACGAAAAAGCAGCAGAAAAAGAAGAAAAAGAAGAUCAAAAUUUCUUAUAUGCAGAUCUGUGGCACGAUAUUUACAAGGAUGAGCCAUCCUCUUCCGUUGACGCUUAUCCUGCGGGAAUUGAUGCCAAGAGACUAAAAUACAACAAAGAUUUAUAUAAAGCGUUACCAGAAGAGGAGAUCUUGGAUUCCAUAACAAUGAAGAAACUGCGAAAACUACAGCAUUACAAUAAACAAAUCAUCCGCGUAGACGACACCAUAAUUAAUGAUCGAAAAUACCUAUCUCAGCAAAAAUUAAAAGCAUUGGAGAACGAAUUACAAGCGCUUCAGCACGGUACCCAUACUCCUUACAACAAAUUUGUCAAAGAACUUCGACGGCUGCGCAACGAGAAACUGGAACAAGCGAGGCUGCAGAUGGAGUAUCAGCUGUCACGCAUCAAUAAACUGCACGACGCCGAGGUACGCUCCUUACAAAAAAAAGUACAUAAUAAAAAGGACCCAGCACCUUUGAUAUCAGAUUCCAAAAGGAAGCGUGUCAGGAUGGAGGUUCGCAAAACCCCCGACAGCGACUUGGACGAUGACGACAGCAAUACGGACACUGAGGGUUUGCAUAAAGCUGUAUAUACAAACGAAAACCCGAAACCAGAUCAUCCGCAACCUGAUGUGCUCGCAUCCAUCAUCAAACGAAGAUUUGCUUCAGAUCGCGUGAAAGGAAAAAGCAGAUUAGGAAACGCGCUUCUAUCAAGGAAUCCGGAGGAGUUGCAGACCGAUCUCGCUGUGAUUCGCAAGAACAUCGCUCUCAGCAAGAAAUACCACUUGAAUACCACUCAUCCAAACUGCAAAUCAUACCUACCAUAAUCUUUUCUCAGUUGCCAUCACUGUAUUUUUUGUACAAAUAUUACCUAUUCAUGCGCUCAGUAAUUAUUUUUGAACCUUGUAAAAACAAAAAGAAAAGAAAAAGAAUGCAUCACCAAGCUUGACUCUUUUGUCAUGCAUGAUACACGUGUAUAAAAAAGGUGACCUUUUGUCACAACAAUCUUUAACUAUAUUAAAAUGUUUGGGAAAUUAGCG